ACCCGAAAGAGAGAAUCAAGACUUUUCAAAAUGGGGGCUGCAUCCAAAGUGAUCCACAUCAUCCUCCGGGUGUUUGAGGUGAUUUGUUCAGUCAUCGUCCUCGGCCUCGUCGCUCGCUUCCUGCAUCUGGUCUCCCAGGCAGGAGUCUCGGCCGAUUCUCGCAUCGUAUAUGCCAUCGUCACGGCUUCCAUCAGCACUUUAUUUGCGCUUGUCUUUAUCGCACCGUUCAUCUACGCCUACUUGGCCUUCCCGAUGGAUGCGAUCCUGUUUGUCAUGUGGAUUGUUGUCUUCGGCUUGUUGACUUCGCGCACCGGCUCGGCCAUGUGUAACGCUUCCUGGUAUUGGAACUACUGGGGAUACUACUGGGGCGGGUGGUGGCGUGUGCCGGACCUCACAGUCUGGGAUAGGGGCUACGGCGGCUGCGCGUCCUGGAGGGCCGUUCUGGCCUUUUCCUUUUUGGCUGCCAUGGCCUACCUCGUCAGCGCCAUCUUGGGAGCGGUUGUUGUGCAUCGCUACCGCGGCAAGAACUCGCCCGUGUAA